AUGUCGUCCGUCACCGCCUCGGCCAGGUGUCUCACCAAGCACCGGCUGCUGGUGCCCCAGCUCAGACUCGCGGCAAUCUCACUCGAUGCAUCAGCGACAAGAACCUUUUCGACUCGCCCCACCAUCCCUGCCACCGUCCUCUCUUCGGCGAGCUCAGCUGCCCGCCCUCAAGCACGUUUCUCCCACCACCCCACCUCCUCCGACAGGUCCAACGCUGUUGACCCCACCAUCAUCUGCUACAGCACUUGCCGCCGGAGCACCAAAAUCAAAAUCUCUGAAAAGAGCUCCCCCUUCUCCCACCGUCUCUUCCACACCUCCUCCGUACACCCCAGAAUACCUCAAUUGAACAAAAUGGCCUCCAAGGAAUUCCGUCUUCUCUGCCUCGAGAACCCUCUGCUUGACAUCCAAGCAGUUGGCAAUGAGGCCCUCCUCGAAAAGUACGGCCUCAAGGCCAACGACGCCAUCCUCGCCGAGGAGAAGCACCUCGGCAUCUACGAGGACCUCCUCAACAACUACGACGCCAAGCUCAUCGCCGGUGGCGCCGCCCAGAACACCGCCCGCGGUGCCCAGUACAUCCUGCCCCCUAACUCCGUCGUCUACCUCGGCGGCGUCGGCGACGACAAGUACGCCGCUAUCCUCCACGAUGCGGUGAAGACCGCCGGCCUGCGCGUCGAGUACCGCGUCGACCCCAAGAUCGCCACCGGCCGCUGCGGCGUUGUCAUCACCGGCCACGACCGCUCCAUGUGCACUGACCUCGGCGCCGCCAACCACUACGACCUCGAGCACCUCACCCGUCCCGACGUCUGGGCCCUCGUUGAGGGCGCCCAGGCCUACUACAUUGGUGGCUACCAUUUCACCGUCUGCCCCCCGGCCAUCCAGAAGCUCGCCGAGGAGGCCGCCAAGAACAACAAGAUCUUCGCCGUGAGCUUGUCCGCCCCCUUCAUCUGCCAGUUCUUCAAGGACCCCCUCGAUGCCAGCGCCCCCUACUGGGACUACGUCAUCGGCAACGAGACCGAGGCCGCCGCCUACGCUGAGGCUCACAACCUUGGCACCACCGACCUCAAGGAGAUCGCCAAGGCCCUCGCCAACCUGCCCAAGAAGAAUGAGAAGCGCAAGCGCGUCGCCAUCGUCACCCAGGGCACCGAGCCCACCCUCGUCGCCGUCCAGGGCGAGGACACCGUCAAGGAGUACCCCGUCAAGCCUAUUGCCAAGGAGCAGAUCAACGACACCAACGGUGCCGGUGACGCCUUCGCCGGUGGUCUCAUGGCCGGUGUUGUCGACGGCAAGUCUCUCGACGAGUCCAUCGACAUGGGCCAGUGGCUGGCUAAGCUCAGCAUCCAGGAGCUUGGUCCUUCCUACCCCUUCCCCAAGCAGACCUACUCUGCUUAA